GGAUGGUAUAUCUUCCAGUGUACACAAGUCAGACAUGCAGUCGUCUGUUUGCUGUUCGUGGAUGCAGCAUUAAACAGGUCUACUGCUAAACAAUCUUUAACACAUCAGACUGUCCUCCAGCACACAGACUGUGGAGUUCAACUAUGUCUUUACCCAGGACUGUUUUAAACAACUCUGUCAUCAUUCAUCCUCCAGGCUUCUAUAUCAUCGGAUUUGAGACGUUUCCCUUCAUCAGUGUCUACUUCAUCUUUCUAGCAUUUGUUUAUGUGGUUACAGUGCUGUUCAAUAGUUUGGUGAUCUAUGUUAUUGCCUUUAAUCAUUGUUUACACACUCCAAAAUUUUUGGCUGUUAUCAACCUUGCUGUAAUUGAUUUAUUUCUUAACUCAUGCACUAUUCCCAGCAUGAUAAAGAUAUUUCUCGUCAAGGAUAACUUCAUUCCAUUCAACUUAUGUUUGGUACAAAUGUAUGUCUACUAUGCUUUUGGGACUUUGGAGUCAUACGCUCUUGCUAUUCUUGCUUAUGACCGGUUGAUCGCAAUAUGUUUUCCUUUGCGUCAUAACUCAAUCAACACAAUGCGGAGCAUGUCCUGUAUUGUCAGCGUAAGUUGGUGUUUUGCUCUGGGAGUAACAGCAUUUUCAACAGGUAUAAUGACUCGACUGUCUUUUUGCAAUUCUGUCAGAGUGUUCAGCUAUUUCUGUGACUAUGCUCCUGUGUUUAGACUCGCCUGUAAUGAUUACACAUUGCAGUGGUCUGCAGCUUCUUUCCUUAGUGUUUUGCUCCUCGUGGGACCCUUUACCUUUAUUCUCCUCUCUUAUGUGAGCAUCCUGGUGACUGUGUUCAGGAUGAAAUCAUUGGACAGUCGGGUGAAAGCUUUGGCCACUUGUGUGGAGCAUCUCAUCCUUGUAGCCGUAUUUUACAUUCCUCUCAUCACCAUUUUUACUGUUGGGUUUUUUUGGGGUCUUAUUGACCCAGACCAGCGUGUGCUGAGUCUGUCUCUGGCCUCUUGCCUCCCACCCUGUAUCAAUCCAAUUGUAUAUUCUUUGAAAACCAAAGAGAUCAGAAUUAGAGCCAUGGCACUGGUAAGAAAAACUAAAAUUGACACACAACAAACAAACCAACAAAAAAGGGUUAAUAGAACACAUAAAUAAUUUAGGACCAAUAUGUUUGUGCAGUGAGUAAAGAGUCUGAACUGUGUGCCAUGAUAAUAAUGUCUGUUAGCAGAAAAGUCCCUAAUGAGUCACCACCAGCGGGGUUUAACCACUUUUUUUUUACCUUUUUCUUUUUCUUUUUCUUUUUUUUUUUUUUACAGCUAUUAAGUUUAUUUCUUCAUUAAAGUGAAAAGCCUGGUAAAAAACAAAUGUCUUCACUUUAGCCUUUAAAUAGUUCUGACUUUCCUGAUACAGGCCUGAAACUCUUUAUUGCACUUUGCUUCGCACUUCUUUUAAAAUGUUGUGUUUUGCUUUAUUUUUUGCAUUUUAUGUAUUCUAUUUUCAUCUUUAUUUUAUCUAAGUUUUCUAUAUUAUUAAGUGGGUUUUAUUUUCCAUCUUAUUUAACAUAAAUUAUGGCAUUCUAGCCCUGUUUUUAUGCUCAUGCUAUGUCUUUUUUUUUCAUGUGUAGCACUCUGUGCAUGUCAUUUCUUUGUUGUAAGGCAUUUUAAGCUGCAUUUCUUGUACGA